CAGCAGUUAUAUGUUCCCAGGCCCCAUCUCAGCUCUGCCUGCCCAGCACCAUGAAGGUCCUCGUGGCUGUCCUUUUUGUCCUCCUCUGCACCACAGCCCUCUGCUCCCCAGACUCCUGUUGUGGUCAAGACAGGGUUCACAGCCCACCUACCUGCUGCUUCACCUUUAUCUCCCAGCCAAUACCCCGCAACCUUGUGACUGCCUAUUUUAAGACCAGCCAGUGCCCCCACCCUGAUAUCAUCUUUCUCACCAUAAAGCAGCGUCUGAUCUGUGCCAAACCUAGCGAUGCCUGGGUCCAGGAAUACAUCAGAGACCUGGAUCAGAAUGCCUGAGUGGUCCAAGGAACAAGUCAGAGGUGUGGGUAGAUCAGGGAGCAGGAACCUGAACCAGGGGUCCGUGCAACCUGGGAACCCCUCUCCUAUGAUCCCUCAUUGGAUGUUUUCUCAGAAACUGUAUGACACCCUUAUUUCAAUAUUCAGGGUGAUAUUGAUUGAUUCUGCUCCUCUCUC